GGCGUGUGUAUUACUUCAAUCACAUCACCAAUGCGAGUCAGUGGGAGCGGCCGAGCGGUUCUGGAGCUGACGGAGCUGGAGAUGUGGAGAAGGUGCGCUGCUCUCACCUGCUGGUCAAACACAGCCAAUCCCGCAGACCCUCGUCCUGGAGAGAGGAGAACAUCACACGCAGCAAAGACGAGGCGCUGCAGCUCAUCCAGAAGUACAUUGAACAGAUUAAGUCUGGUGAGGAGGAGUUUGAGAGUUUGGCGUCUCAGUUCAGCGACUGCAGCUCAGCGAGGAAUGGUGGAGAUCUGGGUCUGUUCGGCAGGGGUCAAAUGCAGAAGCCUUUUGAAGACGCCUCAUUUGCACUGAAGGUUGGAGACAUGAGCGGUCCUGUGUUCACCGAUUCAGGAGUUCACAUCAUCUUGAGAACCGGAUAACCAGCCUGAAUCCCUCUCCAUCACGCCCUCAUCCCAGAUAACACACACACACACACACACACACACACAUGCAUUACACACACUACCCCAGAAUUCCUGAUCUUAAUCUGUGUCCCUCAACAUCCACUCUGGGCUUGUCAAAGCUGCACGUGACCUCCAUCCAGUGUUUCUGCAAUCAUACACGUUACAGAUCCCUGCAGAUCCUUCAUUUACUCAGCAUUCCUUAAUCCGGCACGGCUAAACGCUCGCAUGAUCACGGCUGUUGUGAUGGACAGUGGGUGACUGUAAACAUGACCAAUAAAAUCGACCAUCCCACUAAA